AUGUACGGGUUCGAUGACCUUACCCAUAAACUUGGCCAAAUUAUAAGAAUAAAUAAUUAUAUAAAAAAAUUAGAAAAUUCAGGAACUUUACAACAUAUUAUACAAGAAUGAUUCCAAUUACUUCAAUAUCAUAUAGCUACUUACCUUAAUAAUGGUAUAUCAGAUCUUAAAGAAUCUAAAACUAGAGCAGGUAGACCUAUAAAAGCAUUAUAUCAAAGAAUAGGUGGAAAAUUUGGAAGAUUAAGAGGAUUCCUUAUGGGUAAAAGAUGUGAUUAUAGUGGAAGAACUGUUAUAGGCGGUGAUGUUAAUCUAGACUUAGAUCAAGUAGGUAUUCCUAUAAGAAUAGCUAAAGAAUUAACUAUACCAGAAAAAGUAACAGAAUAUAAUAUAGAAAAAAUGAAAAUAUUAGUACAGAAUGGACCAAAUAAAUAUCCAGGUGCUACUUCAAUAACUAGACCAGAUAAUAUCUCAUUAGAUCUAAAAUAUAUGAAAGUAUUAGAUAAAAAUAUAGAAAUUGGUUAUAUAGUAGAUAGACACUUACAAGACGAUGAUAUAGUAAUAUUCAAUAGACAACCAACAUUACAUAAAAUGAGUAUGAUGGCUCAUAGAGUAAAAGUAUUACCUUUCAAUACAUUCAAAAUGAAUAUAUGUGCUACUUCUCCUUAUAAUGCAGAUUUCGAUGGUGAUGAAAUGAAUAUACAUGUACCUCAAGAUAUAAAUGCUCAAGCUGAAGCUAAACAUCUAAUGAAUAUAAAAGAUCUUAUAAUAUCAGCUUAGUCAAAUGCUCCUGUUAUAGGUGUUGUACAAGAUGCUUUGUUAGGAGUAUAUCUA